AUGCGCCACGCGGAUGUGCAGACACAACCUGCCGUGUUUUCCCUGAAAGGGUCCGUCAUGCCUGCCGCCCAAAAUGAUGCCCGGACAAACGCAUCCGUCGAGUAUCAAAGACUAGAUGCAGUGCUUUCCCUGUUGUUUCCCUCCACCAUCCGUGUGCAACAGUCGCAAAAUAUCCUGGGCCAUUUGCAUUCCUUGCGCUGUCUCACACUCUCAAACAGUGGCCGAUUAUUACUCAAGGGCUCUGUCUUUAACGGCACUCCAUUGCUUCGACAGGAACGAUUCUAUCUUGAGACUGAGGCUCGGUCCCUGGCCUUACUGGGACAAAGUGCCAACCCCUGUAUUCCCCAAUUAUAUUACUAUGAUCCUUACGGCGGUCCUCUGGGAUCGCCGUAUCUUGUCCGUCGAUAUGUGAAUGGAACCAGCUUAUCAGACAUGGAACAUCAACUUACGGCCAGGCAAAGAGCUGAUAUCGAUCGGCAUCUGGGGUUCCUGGCAAGUACCAUCAGCCAAAAUGUGGCUCCGGGAUUUGGCUCUCUGCAGCAGGUUGCCGUUGGGGCCGGGAAGCGGGCGUGGCGAGAGGCAUUCAGCUCCUUAUUCGAAAGUGUGCUACGUGAUGCCGAAGACAUGUUCAUUCAUCUACCUUAUGCCGAAAUUCGACACGAGAUGGUCCGUCUAGCCCCUGCUCUCGACGAAAUUACCUUGCCUCGUUUGGUGGUCGUCAGCUUUGGCCGGCCUUCGCAUGUUCUCUUAGAUGAGGCAUCCCGGCAACUCUCUGGCGUAGUGGACUUUAGCAGUGCCCUUUGGGGAGAUCUACUGAUGGCUGAGAUAUUUGAAGAUCCAUCCUCUGCCGUGCUCGAAGGGGCUGGGCUACCCUUGGUUCGGACUAAACGAGAGCAUAUGCGGUUGUUAUUAUAUUCCUGCUACCGAUUGGUAUGCCAAAUCACGAUACAAUAUUACCGCAACCGAGAUGAGAACAAAGAGUUUAGUGCUCGACGGCGGCUAACAAGGACAAUUGCGGACAUGGUGACGUUAGAAUUUGAAUGA